GCUCACUGCGGCCGGCGGCUGCCUGCCGUGCGGAGCCGAGCGGAGCCCAGCCGCCCCGUCGGGGAGCGCCGCGCUCGCAUGGCCGCGCCGCGCCGCGCCGCCGCCGCCGCCGCGGGGCCGGGGGGGGCCGCGGGAGGAGGAUGAGGCGGGCGGCGGGGCGGCGGCGGCGGCGGCGGCGCGGAGGAUGAAGUGGAGCGUGCGGGGAGCCUGCGCCGCGCUCUCCAGCUGCCUCCUGCUCGCCUGCGCCCUCAGCGCCGCCGCCGUGGGCCUGAAGUGCUUCUCGCUGGGCUCCGAGCUGAAAGGAGAGCCCUUCCGCCUGGGCACCGCCGCCGGCGCCUUCUACUCGGGGCUGCUGCUGGCCGCCGGCCUCUCGCUGCUCGCCGCCGCGCUACUCUGCUGCCGCCCGCCCGACGAGGCGCCCGCGCCUCCGGCCUCGGCCCCCGACCCCGGCGGCGGCGGCGGCUCGGCUCCGGCUCCGGCUCCGGCUCCGGCUCCGGCUCCGGCCCCGGCCCCGGCCCCGGCCCCGGCCCCGGCCCCGGCCCCGGCCCCGAACUUCCUGCUGCUGGGGGUGCUGGUGUUCAUGCUGGGCGUGCUGAGCGCUUUCGCCGGCGCCGUCAUCGACGGCGACACCGUGUCGCUGGUGGAGAGGAAGUACUCGCACUACUGCCUGCUGCAGCCCGGCGGCGCGGCCCGCCCGCGGAGCGGCCCCGCGGCCCCCGACGGCUCGGCGGCGGCGCUCCGCUGCCAGAAGCUGCGGGACUACCAGCGCGGAUUAGUGCUCUCCACCGUCUUCAACGCGCUGGAGUGCCUGCUGGGCCUGCUCAACCUGCUCCUCGUCAAGAACUACAAGGCCUCGCAGCAGCGCGGGCGCAGGCGGCGUCGGCGGAGAGCGGCCCCGGCGACGGCGGCCCCGGCGGGCGGGCGGCGGCGGCGGCGGAGGGGCGGCGGCGGGCGGCGGGCGCCUCGCCACAGCCAGGGUUCCCUCUUCUCGGGCGGCGAGCCCGAGCUCAGCCCCGGGGACUGCCCCUUUCAGGCCGUCUCCUACAUCAACGUGGGCGUUUUCCACGUCUUCGACGAGGCCGGCGUGGAGGUGCACUGCGGCGGGCACCCGUCCGUCGAGCUGCCCGGCUACUCGCCCAUGGAUCCCGAGCUGAACGCCUCCUACCCGUACUGCUACCCGCUGCCCAGCGAGCAGCCCCCCGCCUACGACGAGAUCUACCCCGGGGAGCCCUGUGCCCACGGCACCUAGCGCCGCGCCCCGACGGCAGCGCCAGCGGCUCCGGGGGCAAAGCGCUGCGGGGCUCGGGGCGGCCGCCGGCCCCCGACUGGACGGCUCCGUGCCGCGCGUCUGUCUCUGCGGAAGCUCUCUUCUCUAUCCCUGCCCUCCUCCCGCUGCCCUCCCGCCGUCCCUCCGUCCGUCUGUCCGCCGGCGGCUGGGUUCUCAAAGGCUGCGCAAGAAACGCCGAAGGGUUGGUUCCUCCCGCCGCCUCUCCUCCGUAGCCAAGUUUAGUUCCCUUCAAGUGAUUCAUCAGUCUCCAGCUUUAGCAGUCCAGAGUUACCCAUUUAUGAUAACCAGCCAGUGUAAGGAAAAGGUGUCAUGAAGCUUCUUUACCUCUCAAAAGAGCUAAAUUUCUGAACAACGCAGAGACAUUCGUGUCACGUUUACUAGAGAUGUAUUGGGGAUCUUUAACGUUUACACUACUCCUCGGGAGAAUUGAGUUCUGUUCUAAGAUUUAGUGAGUUAAAACAUUUGUCAGUCUUGUAAGAUGCACAUCAAGAAAAACCUGCACUUUGAAAAAGAAACAGGAAAAAAAAAUCAACAACGUUUUUGUACACUAACGUGCCUGCUUUUGUUGAUAACUUCUUACUGUAAAAGCUUUCAGAAGUCUAUAGUGAAAAUGUUUGGUAAAUUCACUGCAGUUUAAAAUCGACGAUUAGUUCCUUUACUAAAACAGCUGAGAUGUUGCUAGGAUAUGGCAGUUACAAGGAAGUCCAAAUGUCAUACACAUUCCUUUUUGUAAACAGGUUCUGUGUUUUUAUGCGAGGCAGGAUUUCUUUUUGGUUUACACAGGUGAAGGUUUAAUUCUAUUUUGUACAACUACAUGGUUUACCUUGUAAAGAGUUCCAUUUUACCUGUUACGAUCCAUCAAUCUGGUAAGCUUGAAUAUUAAAGUUUUAUUUGAAAUAUAUAUAUAUUGUAAAACAGCCUUAACCGGUGCAGUGGUCACAGUUUUAAAGGAAAAAGGGGGACGAAAAAAAAAAAAAGAUUUAAAAAAAAAAAAAAAGAGAUAACCAUCUUGGAAGGCAUCUUCUGAAUGUGUUUUCAGAGCAGUAUUUAUACUCCUGUUACAGAGAUUUAUUUUAUUUUUUUCCUUUCAAAGAGGCCACUUUAAUUCUGCAGGAGGGGGAAAAUAACAAUAAUAAUAAUAGGAUUGUACACUGUUAAUUCUUUCUGAGCUUGGAGGUGUGAAAAAGGCAAAGAGAGAAACUGGUAAAUACUGUUCCUGGAUUCUGCCUUGGAAUGCCAGAGUCAAGGUGGUGUCAGAAAGUGCCAGCUAAGGAAGUAGGUAUGGCACGUUGUCUUUACAUCUGCCCAGGACAGGCAAAAGCUUAAUUUCACACAUAGAACCCAAAAGCAGCUCUCCAGAUUGCUUUCAGUUCAGCACCCCCAGGCAUCCUAUGCUGAAAUGGAGCUUAACAAAAAUAACCUUUCUGAUCCUCCAGUUUGGAGCCUGCUGCAUAGCAUCCCCGUCUCAGGUACCAGAGAGAGAGAGUUAAGGGAACGCAAAGUUACAGUAUAUUUCUGUGGUGGUGGAAAAUUGUUCUAAAACCUUUAGCUGCAGAGAGACUGACGUAAUUUACAGCCUUAGAAUUGGAGAUAGAUGAUUUUAGCCUAAAAAUAACCAAACCUUUCCGCAUUGUUUUGUUUUCUAAAGUGUUUUCACUUGCACGCUUUGUAUAACCUGAAAUUCAGAAUGCCUUAGAAGUCUUGAGAUUGCAAACUGUGGUCUGCGAGUCUGAUAGUGACAGCUCUCACCUUGGGAAGACAGUCAGAAGCAGCAUGGCUAGGCUGCCAGGGGCUGCAGAAAUCUGAGACAGCUCCUUUAGGGCAGCAGAUUUCCUUGUGUAGAGGGCUAGGCUGAAACAUCUGCCCUGGGCACGUCUGAUGUUAGCGCUGGAGAUGGGCUCUGUGCUGGCUGCGUGCUGGCUGUAUGGUUGGUUGUGUGCUGGCUGUAUGGCUGCCUGCGUGCUGGCUGUGUGCUGCCUCUGCAGAUUACCUCCUUAACCCCUUACAGAGAAGUCAAUUAAAAGUCUUUACCUAUGAUACCAACUGAGGCAUAGAAUCAAAUUGGCAGCAUGCUGUCUUGCUUACGUACCCAAAAUAUCUUGCAACAAAUGAGUUACAAAAGUGAGGAGGCUAAAAUCCUUACAUAGGUCUUUGUGCAGAUGAGUUUAUAGCACAGCACAGCACCCUGUGCUGAGUUAAAUAAAAAUUGCCCAGCUGCAGAGUGAGUUUGGAAGACAGACCAGAAAGGUGCCUACAUACAAAUUGAGAAGUGAGUUGUUGGCUUUAAAUAAAAGUAAAAAAAAAAAAAUUAAAAAUACAAUUGGCUGUUCAUGGAAAUCGUAUCUUAGUUUUAAUUAAGGAAUUGAUUUUUGACAUAAAAAGACAGUAUUUUACAUAACUCUUAUAGGAUUUGUGAACUAGACAAUUCUGAAACUCCAGAUGUUCCAAAGAUCAGUGCUCAGGGAAACAAAUGGGAAGUCGAGAAAGCUACCUAUUAUACUCAAUUGUUUAACGCGAACAACUUGAAUCUAUGAAUUUUUAAGAUUGUUAAAUUCAUAACUUUCUUUUGUGUGUGCGUGUGCACGCGUGUGCGUAUGGGAGUUUGUGUUUUAUUUGCAUCUGUUCGGGAUGCCAUUGAAUUAGAAUAUUUCUUUGUGGCUUAGUUUCAGUUCCCGGAUUUCUAUUUCCUUCAUUUAGGUUUUGACCCCUGCAGGAGCUCAGUUUAGUGGUGGACAGCUUGCCAGAACAAUGUCCAAGUCGAGUUCCCACAGAAGCCAGUAGGCAUCAUUUCUUUGACUUCAGUGGGUCUGGGCACAAAUGAUACUUAAUACCUAUUCUAAUCCCCAAAGGAAUAUUGAUCUUCUGGCACGACGGGAUGCAGCAGAGGUAUAUUAUUUCUCAGUUACUUAUUAGUUGUAUGGACGGCCGUAUUAAGGGAGGUCACUUAUGGUUUUAUAUACAUUUUUUUAAAAAAUGAUAAUAAUAAUAAUUGGCAGGCAAAUUGACCAAACAAGCCAUGUUUUCUUAAAGAUGGUAUGCAAGUGUUUCAGGUAUCUGGUGAGUAACUUUUCGGAUAAAACACCACACGUAUUUAUUUCUCAGUGAGAAGAAGCUUAUAACUACAGGAUUCAAGAUGAAGCUUCACGAGCAUGAUUGCAGUAUGGUGAAGCCAUUUUUAGCAAACCUGAAUCAUCACUCUAUCUUCUGAGCAAUAAUGUUAGAGUGUAUAAACUGUACUGUGCCGAAAUUGAAAAUAGGCUGGUGUGGGAAGCAUUGGAGCGUAGGUUAAUUACCUGAGAGGACUCAUCCCGUCCCUCUGUUUUCCAUUCUCUGUCACAUGAUUGUCAAGGCGAAUGCAAACCUGAUCGAUUCAUGUCACCGGAGGAUGCUAAUUACCAGGCUUUUGCCUUAAAUAGCAAAAACGGUGAGAGCGGAAAAGAGAUGUUGUGUGUGUGCUAUCAAAUCUCCAUUUUGCUCAGCUGAAGUAAUGACAAGACUGCUUUUUGCCCCACGGCUUGUGUUUUUAAUUUGCUCACAGCUUUACUCACAUCUGUUCAAUGGGAGGGAAGAAUAGAUGCAGCUCUGCUCAUUUGGUGACAUGGAGUACUGAUUGGGUUGCAGGCUGCUCCCAGCCUUUCUGGUCCCUCUCACAGGUAACAGCGGUGAGUCAAGGGAUGAAACAGUGGAAAAUCAAGUCUGCUGUCUUUGAAGCGACAGGAUUUGCCUUCAUCUGGAAAAAAAAAAAAAAGAAAAAGAAAAAAAAACUUAAAAAAAAUGUAUUCCCACCAGCCUAUUAGCAAUUCACAUGAAUUCUUUUCACACUCCAACAUCCUUGCUUAAAUCUGUUACUUACACUUUGCAUUGUAAUUGACAGAUUAUAUGUGAAUUUAAAAACAGGAAAAAAACAAACAACAAAACGAUGCUUGAGGGAAUUCGUAUUUAAGUAGUACAGAUAUUACUCAAAACUUUGAUUUCACUGUAGGACUUCUUCGGUUCACCAAAAAGCGCUAUAGUGGCUGGUAUAACUUAAGAUAUAUUUCAGACAUAAUGUUUAAUCAUCAGAAAAAGAUUCUGAAUGUUCACAUGAGGAGGGCAGUCUGUUUCUGCUUUUGGACGUAGUACAUAUGAAAAACUUUUCCUCAUUUUGCCAUUUAAUCCAAGAUUGAUCCUGAACAAAAUGUCAAUAAUUGAUCUUGUAAUUUUAGGAUCAAUAAAAUACAUUUUAAAGCACAGCAUAUCCUAUAAGAAAAGCCUAAUGCUCUUCAUUUAAUAAUCUCCUCUGUCUUAGACUGAUGCCUGAUAUUACAAUCGAAACUAGAGAUUUAGUUACCCUUUUCAUUACAAAACACGUUUUCCAGGCACUUGCAACUUGUACAAGUGGAACCCUGGCAAAAAAAAAAAAAAAAAAAAAA